AUGGCCUCUAUUCGCGUUCUUUCCUUCGAUGCUGAGGGCCGUCCCGUGCAGUUCACUUCCUGGCUCGACGACCUGCAGUUGUAUCUUAUGAGCAAUAGCACGGACCACAUCUCCCUCUAUGACUAUGCGUCUGGUGCUGCCGCUGCUCCUGCUGCCACAGCCGAGCUUAGUGUUCGUUCCCACUGGCAGACCCGUGACGCAGCUGCUCGCCUAGCCAUUCGCAGUCACCUGCCGCUAGCUGAGCUCGAGCAUUUUGGCGACUGCAAAUCCGCUAAGGCCCUGUACGAUGCUGUCGUUGCUCGCUACUCCUCGCCUGCCACAGCCGAGCUUAGCCGCCUCAUGCUGCCGUACCUGUUCCCCGAUCUGUCCACCUUUGCUACAGUCGCCGAUCUUAUCACCCACCUUCGCACUAGUGAUGCUCGCCUGCGUGCCGCCCUUCCCACCGAGUUCUGCGCUAAGAACCCCCCUCCACUGUACUGGACACUCCACUUCAUAGUCACCCGUCUCCCUGACACCCUCAGCUCAGUUCGAGACCACUUCCUUGCUCGCUGUCCCACUGAGCUCACAGUCACCCUCCUAGAGGAGCAGCUGCUCGCGGCCGAAAAGAGCAUUGUAGCUGUCGGUGCUGCUCGUGGCGCUCCUCGCACCCCCAUCUUUGAGGGGUGUUCUCCCUCUCCCCUCGCUCCCUCCUACGCUGCUGCUGCUGCUGUUGACUUCCUUGGUGCUGAGUCUGUUGGCGCUGCUUCUACUCCUGGUGGGAGGCGCCGCACCGGCAAGGGCAAGGGGGGCAAGGGUGGUGGUGGUGGCGCUGGGGGGGGAGGAGGUGGGGGAGGUGGGGGGGGAGGCGGUGCUGGAGGGAGCGGUGGCGGGAGCGCUGGUGGGAGUGGGGUCGGUACUGGAGGCGGGGGCGGCGGAGGAAGCAGUGGCAGUAGUGGCGGCGGCGGCGGUGGCGGCGGUGGCGGUGGUGGCGGUGGCGGCGGUGGCGGUGGUGGCGGUGGCGGUCGUAGCGGUGGUAGUGGUGGCGGCGGAGGUCGGAGUGGAGGCACUGGCUCGGGCCAGAGCUCCCAGCAGCAGCAGCGUCCCCAGACGACCCAGCAGCUUCGUGAGUGGCUUGCUCAGCGUGGGACGUCGGGGGGCAGUGGCCGCUGUUCUUAUGUCAUUCGCACAGGUGACCGCAAGGGACAGACGUGUGGGAGGUUCCACACCCCGUACCGCUGCUUCUCCCGCCUUGACGACGCUUGGCGUGAGGAGAUGGGUGCGGAUGUUGAGCGCCCCCGCUGGGCUGAGCUCAUGAGGGCUGGUGUUGAUGUCUUUGCUCUUGACUUUGAUGCUAUUAUUGCUGCCAUGUAUGCAUUGACUGUUAGUGCCGAGGGAGACUGUUACUUGUGUGUGCCGCCUGACCCAGGUAUAGAGCCCGCUGCCCUGGGUACUAGUGAGUCUGCUCUCUCUGGUAUGGUGCCCCCUGUACUUGCUCCCUCCAGUGCUGUCCCGGCUGUUUUCGAGUCUGCUCUCUCAGGUACAGCACCCACAGAGACUGCUCUCUCAGGUACCGCACCGGCUGAGGCCUGUCACACCUUCACCCUUGACUCAGGUGCUUCCCGUUGCUUCUUUCGUGACAGUACUGAGCUCACACCGCUUCCUGCACCGGUCCCAGUCUCCUUGGCUGACCCCUCUGGGGGCCCAGUCCUUGCCCAGUCCACCACUGUCCUCCCUUGUCCGGCGGCUCCGUCUGGCUCGUUGUCGGGUUUCCACCUCCCCUCGUUCUCGACGAACCUGGUGAGCAACGCUGUCCUCCAGGAUCAGUGGGUUGACACCUUUACCCCUGGAGGACAGCGUGUGGCGAUCUGCACGUGCUCCAGGACCGGCCGUCACCUGGCUACGUUUACCCGUCGGCCGGGGUCGAGUCUCUACACACUGACCACUGCGUCUCCUCAGGUCGCUGCUGUCGGUCAGGUGUCUGCGUCAGGUCUGGUAGGCCACGCCUGUGAGUGUCGUUCCCUGUCGCACCAGACUCUUCUCUGGCACCACCGCCUGGGUCACCCCUCCUUGCCACGCCUUCGUGGCAUGCACCGUCACCACCUUGUGUCUGGUCUUCCCAGGUCCCUCCCUCCCCUCCCUGCCUCUCCUGCGCCGCCUUGCCUUCCUUGCGUCGAGGGGCGGCAGCGCGCCGCUCCUCACUCCUCCUCGUUCCCCCCGACAGAGGCUCCUCUGCAGACCCUCCACCUGGACGUGUGGGGCCCAGCCCGCGUUCGUGGUCAGGGCGGUGAGCGGUACUUUUUGCUGGUUGUCGACGACUACUCGCGUUACACCACGGUCUUCCCCUUGCGCACCAAGGGUGAGGUCCCUGCUGUUCUGAUCCCUUGGAUCCGCACAGUUCGUCUCCAGCUCCGCCGCCGUUUCCGGACGGAUCUUCCUGUCCUGCGUCUGCACUCUGACAGAGGUGGUGAGUUCUCCUCCGAUCUCUUGAGGACCUUCUGUCAGGCGGAGGGCAUCGAGCAGACCUUCACGCUUCCGGACUCCCCACAGCAGAAUGGGGUUGCUGAGCGCCGCAUUGGUCUGGUCAUGGAGGUCGCUCGUACCUCCUUGGUCCACGCGGCGGCUCCCCAUUUUCUGUGGCCGUUUGCUGUCCGGUACGCCGCGCAUCAGCUCAACCUCUGGCCCCGUGUCUCCUUGCCGGAGACCUCGCCCACACUGCGUUGGACGGGGGAGGUUGGCGAUGCGUCGCGCUUCCGGGUGUGGGGUGCUCGUGCCCUUGUCCGCGAUACGUCCGCGGACAAGCUCUCCUCCCGCACGCUUCCCUGUGUCUUCCUUGGCUUUGUCCCUGACGCGCCUGGCUGGCAGUUUUACCACCCCACCUCGCGCCGGGUCUUCGCCUCUCAGGAUGUCACCUUUGACGAGUCGGUCCCUUUUUACCGUCUCUUCCCCUACCGCACUGCCCCCCUCCCUCCCCCGCCGCUUUUCCUUGCUCCUGGUCCCCCUCCGGUAGACCCCCUUCCCCCUCAGGGUCCUGCUCCUUCAGGUGUCUCUCAGGUAGACCCUCCUCCCGUCGCUGAGCCUGUCGAGGUCACAGGUGACUCAGGUGCUGCUGCAGGUGGUACUGCUGGGAGUGCUGAGCCUGGGGGUGCUGAGCCUGCGGGUGCUGGGCCUGGGAGUGCUGGGACUGCGGGUGCUGGAGCUGAGGGUACUGUGCCUGAGAGUUUGCCGCCUGGGGGUGCUGAGCCUGGGGGUGCUGCGACUGGGGGUGCUGAGCCUGCGUGUGCGGAGUCUGGGGGUACUGAGUCUGGGGGUGCUGAGCCUGCGGGUACUGAGGCUGCGGGUACUGCGCCUGGGGGUGCUGCUACUGAGCCUACGGAGCCUCGGGUUACUGUGUCUGGGGGUGCUCCGGUUCGGGGUGCUGAGCAGUCUCUCACACCGCAGCAGCUUCGUGACUGGUACGUCCGGCGCUUUCGCCGUCCUAGUGACUCGGCUGGAGUUGGGGGUGCUGGGGCUGCUCGUCCUGGGGGUGCUCGUACUGGGGGUACUAGAGCUGCCGGGACUGGUUGUUCUGGGAGCACUGCGACUGGAGCUGCUGGAGCUGGGGACCCUGGCGCUGGCGGUGCUAGCGGAGUUGGAGCUGCCGACUCUGGGGGUGGCGCUGCUGCUGGUGCUGCGGACCCGCCUGGUGGAGCUGCUGCUGGAGCUGAGGACCUGAGCGGUGGCGCUGCUGCUGGUGCUGGGGACCCGGCCGUUGGAGCUCCUGCUGGUCCUGAGGACCCGGCCGCUGGAGUCUCUUCUGCUUCUGGAGACGCUGCGCGGCCGCGACCGUACUUCGUACCGCUCCUUCAGCAGGUUCUUGGGCAGGCUCCUCCUCCUUGUCCUCCUCCCUCCGUAGAGUGUCCUCCGCCUGUCCAGCCGCAGUCACAGUUACCGCCUGCCUCGCCUCUCCCUGCUCCCUCUCCUUACACUGGUCCCACAGGAGGUCUUACAGAGCGUCGUGAGCCUGAGUCUCGUCCUGCGUCGCCUGUUCGUCCUGCUCGCGCUGGUAGUCGUGUCCGUCGUGAGCGUCCUCCUCCUGUCCCAGGCACUCACUACAUGACUCUGCGUCCCUCUACUGCUCCUCGGCGUGUCCCUCUACCGUCUCCUCCUGCGUCCUCUUUGCCUGCCGUUCCGGACCCUGAGUCUGACCGGUAUCGUGCUGAGCACCCUACUGUCACGCGUCUCCUAGCUACUGUUGUCACUGACCCUACCUUUGAGUCCUCGGCUGCGUCUGCUCUAGUCGCUGAGUUGGUUGACUUUGCUGCUGCCUGUCGUCUAGACUACGCUGCUAGUCUUGUUGCUGAGUCUGCGUCUGCGUCUGUCUGUCCUCCGUCCGUCGGGGGUGAGUGUGCUCUUGGCACGGACGUCCUUGAGGACAGGCAGGAGGACUUUGACUCUCUUGCGGCUGCUGUACCUCAUCUCGUGGCCUGGUUGCUUGCCCCUGAGGGAGACCCGGAUGCACUAGACAUCCCCACUCCGCGCACUUACGCAAAGGCGAUCUCGGGUCCCUACUCCUCUCAGUGGCAGACAGCCAUGGACGCAGAGAUGGCAUCCUGGAAGUCCACAGGCACCUACGUCGACGAGGUUCCCCCUCCUGGGGCGAACAUCGUCGAUGGCAUGUGGAUUUUCAGGGUGAAGCGGCCGCCAGGUUCUCCGCCUGUCUUCAAGGCUCGUUACGUUGCUAGAGGCUUCAGUCAGCGUCAGGGGGUCGACUUCUUCCAGACCUUCUCCCCCACCCCGAAGAUGACCACUCUUCGGGUUCUGCUGCACGUUGCUGCUCAGCGUGACUACGAGCUUCACUCUCUUGACUUCAGCACAGCGUUCCUGCAGGGCAGCCUGCACGAGGAGAUCUGGCUGCGCCGCCCACCUGGCUUUACUGGGUCGUUUCCUCCUGGUACCCAGUGGAGCCUCCGCCGGCCAGUCUACGGUCUCCGCCAGGCGCCACGUGAGUGGCACGACACACUGAGGACUACACUUGCGGCUCUUGGAGUCGCGCCGUCUACUGCUGACCCGUCGCUGUUUCUGCGCACAGACACGUCGCUGCCGCCGUUCUACAUUCUUGUGUACGUCGACGACUUGGUCUUUGCUACUGCUGACACUGAGGCACUCGCUCGUGUGAAGUCGGAGCUGCAGAAGAGACACACCUGCACUGACCUGGGUGAACUGCGUAGCUACCUUGGCUUGCAGAUCACCCGGGACAGAGCUCGCCGCACCAUCACCCUGACUCAGUCACACAUGGUGCAGCAGGUCCUUCAGCGCUUCGGCUUCCAGUUCUCCUCACCACAGGCCACACCUCUGGCUACCAGCCACUCGCUCUCAGCUCCACCUUCGGACGAGUCCGUAGAGCCGAGUGGCCCGUACCCAGAGCUUGUAGGCUGCCUCAUGUACCUGAUGACGUGCACGCGACCUGACCUCGCGUACCCUCUUAGCAUCCUUGCUCGUUACGUUGCACCUGGGAGACACAGGCGAGAGCACUGGGAGGCUGCUAAGAGGGUGCUGCGUUACUUGUGCAGUACAUCAGGCAUGGGGCUGGUGCUUGGAGGACACGACAGAGUUGUCCUCACUGGUCACUCGGACGCUUCUUGGGUGGACGACCUGGCUACGCAGCGGUCGUCACAGGGUUACACCUUCAGCCUUGGCUCUGGUUCUGUCUCGUGGCGGUCCACCCGCUCUUCCUCUGUUCUCGGCUCUAGUUGUGAGGCUGAGAUCUACGCCACAGCCAUGGCUGCACAGGAGUUACGCUGGCUCACCUACCUGCUGACUGACUUGGGAGAGCGGCCUAGUUCUCCUCCAGUUCUGUACGGUGACAACAAGGCGGCUCUUGCCUUGUGUCAGGAGCACAGACUGGAGCACAGGACGAAGCACAUUGCUCUUCGCUACUUUCUUGCUCGAGAGCUUCAGCAGCGCGGUCAGCUUCGGCUUGUGUACGUGGACUCGAAGGCCAACACUGCUGAUAUCUUCACCAAGGCGCUCCCGCCUAGUGAUCAUCAGCGGCACUGUACUUCUUUAGGCCUUGUGUCCACGUUUCCUCACUUGCUCACUGCUUGA